ACAAUUUCUGUCUUCCUUUCUUUCACCCAUCAUUGCUACUGCUCACUGAGUUUCUCACUAAAUUCUUUCACUUUUCUUUCUUCCCAAUCAAACACCCAGCUAGAUCAUUCAACAUGGCUUAUUCUUCUACCUCUUCCAUGAGAGCUCUCUCUUCUAUGAGAUUGACCAAACCAUCUGCUGCUGCUGCUGCUGCUGCUUCAAGAUCAAACGCUCCCACCAAAUCACUUUUGCCAUUCAAGAUUGCAAACCCAUCAUCACCUUUUACCCAUAAUCCAAGACUCCUUCUCUCAAAAUCUGCUGCUUUCAAUAACUUCAAUUUACCCAAAAGAUCUUUCUCUUGCAAGAAUCAAGCUGCCCCAUCUGAUGAUAACUCAAGACCCACUGAGGUUCAGGAACUGUGUGUUUAUGAGAUCAAUGAGAGAGAUCGUGGAAGUCCAGCUUAUCUCCGUUUGAGCCAGAAACAAGUCAAUUCUCUUGGCGAUCUUGUUCCUUUUAGCAACAAGCUCUACACCGGCGACCUGCAGCAGAGGAUAGGAAUAACAGCAGGGAUAUGCAUUUUAAUCCAAAACAAACCGGAAAUGAAAGGUGACAGGUACGAGGCAAUCUACAGCUUCUACUUCGGAGACUACGGUCACUUGGCUGUGCAGGGACCUUACUUGACUUUCGAGGACACGUAUCUUGCUGUGACUGGUGGGUCAGGCAUUUUUGAAGGAGCCUAUGGUCAAGUUAAACUCCAGCAAAUUGUUUUCCCAUUCAAGCUCUUUUACACCUUUUAUUUGAAGGGUUUAAAAACUGAUUUGCCCGAGGAGCUGCUUAGGAAGCCAACUGAACCACACCCAGCUGUUGAGCCACACCCUGAUGCCAAGGCCUGCCAGCCUCAUGCUACUGUUGCUAAUUUUACUGAUUAGGUUUAAUAAUUACCGUUGUUAAUCAUGUUUUAUGUUUGUGGGUAGUUUCUUUUUUAUUUUGUUAAUGAUGAGGUUCAGAGAAUUUGAUAAUACUAAUAUUAUAGGACUUCUGGUUAUUAGUUUUUAAUGUCGGUGAGUGGAAUGGUUGGUGGA